ACCUCUGCUAGUUAACUAUGUUGACGCUUACCUAUGUCGCUUGGCUGAACCCAAUAUGUCUUGUUGGUAUCGGAGUAUAUCUGCUAAUGCGGGUCUUCAGAAAGAAGAACCCUGCACCAUAUCCACCCGGUCCUCCGGGGUUGCCUCUCGUUGGGAAUGUGCUAGACAUUCCUCAAGUCAAGCCCUGGCUCACCUUCACAAAGUGGGGCAAGAUCUAUGGUGAAAUAUCGCACGUCGAGGUUCUGGGUCAGCACACCAUCGUGUUGAAUUCUGUCAAGACUGCGAUGGACAUGCUGGAUAACAAGAGCACGGUGUACUCUGACCGUCCUGUUUUUCCCAUGGCUGGCGAACUGGUUGGCUUCAAGGACAGUUUACCUCUUCUCUCUUACGGCGGCCGUUUUCGUCGGUACCGCAAGAACCUCCACCGCGUCAUUGGCAGCCGUGCGGCAUUGGACAUCUAUAGGCCGAUUAUGGAGAUCGAGACUCACCGAUUCCUCAAGCGUGUGCUUACAACACCUGACCAAUUACAGGAACACAUCCGACAUACCGCUGGCGCUAUCAUUCUGUACAUCUCUUAUGGUUAUGAAGUGAAAGAGAGCAGCGAUCCCUUUAUCAAUAUUGCAGAACGCGGUCUCGAUUCAUUUUCACAGACCACUACUCCUGGUGCCUUCAUGGUUGAUUAUCUUCCGUUCUUGGCCAAGGUCCCUGAGUGGCUUCCUGGUGCUGGCUUCAAGCGUCUAGCCCGUGAAUGGCACGAGAUUGUCCAAGAGAUGGUUUCUGCGCCCUACAAGUUCGCCAUAGAUGAGAUAGCUGCUGGCGAUGCCCCAAUGUCAUGCACCUCCGCUAUGUUGGAAGGCCAAACUCUGACUGCGGAAGAACAUGACAUUGCAAGAUGGUCUGCUCAAGCUCUAUACGGCGGUGGUUCCGACACAGUUGGUCCCUCCCUACAUAUUUCACAUACUUCAGUCAUUACUGUGUCCGCAAUAUAUUCGCUCUUUCUAGCCAUGACACUUUUUCCUGAUGUGCAGAAGAAAGCUCAGGCUGAAAUAGAUGCCGUUGUUGGUCCUGAUCGUCUUCCCUCCUUGGCCGACCGCGCCUCCCUCCCCUAUAUCGAGGCGCUUGUCAAAGAAGUACUGCGCUGGAAUGUUGUCGCUCCUAUCGGUCUUCCCCACCGUGUAACUGAGGACGACGUCCAUGACGGGUACUACAUUCCAAAAGGUUCUAUCAUAAUACCCAACCUUUGGUUCAUGCUCCAUAACCCGGAGACCUAUUCUAAUCCCUCACAAUUCAACCCUGAACGCUUUUUGGCCAAUGACGGAAAGAAGCCUGAGACAGAGCCUCGGACGAUCUGUUUCGGUUUUGGAAGACGUAUCUGUACAGGUCUCCUCCUCGCAGAAUCCUCCAUCUGGAUAUCCGCGGCGAUGUCAUUGGCGGUGUUUGAUAUCUCCAAGGUCGUCGAGAACGGUGUUGAGAUCACCCCCGAGGUUGACCCCUCACCAUUCACCAUCAGCCACCCCAACCCUUUCAAGUGCUCUAUUCGGGCUCGCUCGGCGAAAGCAACUGCACUCAUUCAGCAGGAUGCUAAAUACUAAAG